AUGGCCAAUCGCGCGGACGGCUUCUCAACGUCGCGGCAUCGCGCCCCGUUGACGAUUUUGCUGCCUUCAAUGCCAACCCCGGUUCCCGGUUGGUACGACAUGCGCCUGUGGGAAAGGCUACGAGGCGGUCGGAAUUUCAAUAACCAACUCCGAGACCCGAAGCCGGUGGCUGACAACAGGUCCUGUGAUCAAUACUCGCGAAAAUGGAGUCGAAAGAACAGCUCGUGCGUUUAUUACGAGAACAAGGAUUUCUCGCAUCGUUCCAUCGCUAAAACGUUGGGAAUCGCGAAUUCCACGGUGUCGCGAGUGAUUAAGCGGUUCGAGGAACGAUUGACCACCGAUCGGAAGCCCAGAAGUGAAGGAAAAAGUAUUCCGUACAACACCAAAAAUCACAACCGCGUAGUUGGGGUCUUCAACCGAAACCCGAACGCCUCCGUUCGGGAUGUGGCUAUGAAGCUGCACCUAAGCCGUAGUUUUGUCCAGAAGGCCAAAACUAAGGCUGGGCUUCGAACGUUCAAGGUACAAAGGGCCCCUAAUCGCGACGAGAAGCAGAACAAGUCCGCCAAAACCCGUGCCGGGAAGUUGUACCUCAACAUGCUGACGAAAGUUGAAUGCUGCAUCAUGGACGACGAAACAUAUGUGAAGGCCGACUUCAAACAGAUCCCCGGCAACCUGUUUUUCACGGCCAAGGAUAAGUUCAGCGUUCCGGAGCAUGUCCGCACUCAGAAGAUGUCUAAAUUUGCGAAGAAAUUCCUGGUUUGGCAAGCCAUCUGCACGUGCGGGAAGCGGAGUGCACCUUUCGUGACCCAGGACACGAUGAACGGACAGCUGUACAUGAAAGAGUGCCUCCAGAAGCGGCUGCUUCCUCUCCUGAAGACCCACAACGUCCCAACAAUCUUCUGGCCGGAUUUGGCCUCAUGCCACUACUCCAAGGACGUGCUGAAUUGGUAUGCGGACAAUAAGGUCAAUUUCGUGCCGAAAAUGUUCAACCCUCCCAACACUCCGGAGCUCCGCCCCAUCGAGAAGUACUGGGCGAUUAUGAAGCAGCACCUUCUUAAACGACCCAAGGUAGUGAAGACAGUCGAGGAACUGAAGAAAGUAUGGGUUUACAUGCAAAAAACGGUUGAUUCACAGGUUGUGCAGAAUCUUAUGGCCGGACUGUAA